UCGGUGACGACAUCCUCACCGGCGGAUCGGGUAUUUACCAACAUUGUUUGAGAGCGUUAUCUCCUGGCAGUAACUGAAAACCUUCGGGGUGAGCGGAAACCCAUUUUGACUCGUUUUCUCCGGCUGGCUUGCCUGCCCACCUAUACCUCGUCGGGAUGGACCCAGCAAGCCGAUACCAAGUGUUGCACAAUGAGGAGGACUUAUCGGAGGCUUCCACCAGUGAGCAGCAGCCGUCAACUUCUGCCUCAGCCCAGGCCAGCACAUCAUUGCCACAGCUGCAGUCCGAGGCCUGUGCAGGCCCUUCCUCCUCCUCAGCGCAGGGAUCUGGGUCCCAGGCGGAGGCUGAAGCCCCUCCACCCCCCUAUGCCUCCAUCGACCUUGGAGCAACCGCCUCUGCACCUGAGACCAGUUUCCGGGGGGAUUUCCCAGUGCCUCCACCGUACAGCGUUGCCACCUCGCUGCCCACGUACGAUGAAGCGGAGAAGGCCAAAGCCGCUGCUAUGGCGGCCUCCGCUGUGGAGGUGAUGCCAAGGGAUGAUGACUUCCCUCCGAGGGAUGACUUCAGUGAUGCGGAUCAGCUCCGAGUGGGCAACGAUGGAAUCUUCAUGCUGGCCUUUUUCAUGGCCUUCCUAUUCAACUGGAUCGGAUUCUGUUUGUCCUUCUGUCUGACCAAUACCAUCGCCGGACGCUAUGGCGCCAUCUGUGGCUUCGGCCUUUCUCUCAUCAAGUGGAUCCUCAUCGUCAGAUUCUCUGAUUAUUUCACCGGCUACUUCAACGGGCAGUACUGGCUCUGGUGGAUCUUCCUGUUGCUCGGUCUCCUGCUGUUCUUCAGAGGCUUUGUCAACUACCUAAAAGUCCGCAACAUGUCCGAGAACGUGGCCACUUCUCACAGAACGCGUUUUUUCUUCCUCUACUAAAGGUUGCUGCGCCAACACCCUUCCUCCCUAAUGUGAAUUUCCUUUUUGACCCCCUCAAACGACCUGAACUUAAAGCCCUGCAGUGAGGAGAGGAGGCAGAGGAGGACGGAAGGAAGAUGAAGGAAGGAGGGUGCAGAGAAAGUGUCACCAGUCUCACUAAAAAGUAUCACGUGACUCACUGCGAUGUCUUAAUUUCAGAGAUGGGCAGAGCCUUCUGAUGAUCCGAUCCCUUGCUGGAUUUCUUGUUCCAACUUUUUUUUUUUUCAUACCCCAUUGAUCUCACCAUUUUUUUUUCUUUAUUAAGAAUGAUCCUUAUCAAGUCUUGAGAUUGUCGUAAGCAUCCAGUCCCCUUGGGUAGAAGAACCAACUUGAAAUCAGUUAUUCAAGAUGAGUUUUGCUCAUGAAGUGGCUUGUUCCAAAAUGUGAUAUCCAGUAUUUGGUUACAGAAAAAAAAAUAAACCACAGAAAGUGGUUGGUAGCACAAAUUAACACACAGCAUGCUAUUUAUCUUGAAGGGUAGCGAUCAAUUCAAGCCUUUGACAAAAAUAGCAACUCAACAAAUCGGAUUCUCUACUUUCAAGAUACUGAACUCGUGUGAUUGUCGAUGAAAUUUUAUGCAUUUUCCCCAACAUUGAUAUGCAGCAUUUUAAAAACGAGCUAAUUUCAAAUGUCACCCUUAGCUAGUUUCUCACACUCUAGAAUGGAAAGGUUUUUUUUCAUGUUUCUACAUCUUUACAAGUAUUGAAACAAACAAAAAAAAAGUAAAGGGAAAUAAAAGCUAUAGUUAGAAAAAUAGUCAACAAAAUGUUCCAAUACCCCUGAGAUGGCCCGCAUAUGCCUGGCAGAAGCAGUUUAAUGUCAUCAGGCUAUGGUCAAAGGUGCAAAACAAAUGAGUCCACAACGUCUAAAAAUGUUGACUCUGAAAUCCUUCUUUUUCAUGAGUUAACAUGGAAAAUGCAAAGGAACCCCAGAGUAGUCUUUGAGGGGUGGACAUUUGUCUUGUUCUUUAUUCCAUAGACGUGACAGGGUUGGAUCAGAUCCAGCCUAGCCGCCAACAACACACUACAUGAUUUCAUGAAAUUAAUGAAGCACGAAGUAUUAAUGGCCCAGGUGCCUUUGAGUCAGAGUGUUUUGAAAGACUCAGAGACUCGUUUUGUUUUUGUUUUGUUUUUUAAUUAAAGGGCAGUAUAUUUAAAACUAGAGCUCAGUCUUUAAAGUUUGCAUCCACUUAAACACGCUGCCCUCUUCUGCCCUGAAUGAGCUGUAGACACUAAGAUACAUGACAGAGAGAGAGAUGGAUUUGUAGCUUAAAAACUCAAGGCGAGGCGAGUUGGGCUGCUAGCUAACUGUGCAGGCGAGUUGGGCUGCUAGCUAGCUCCGCAAGCGAGUUGGGCUG